AGAGACAUGGCGUGUCUUCUGGAGGCCCCUCUGCGCAUCAGCGUGUUAUCUGAAGUUACAGCCACCAGUCGUCAUUAUGUUGACCGGCUCUUUGAUCCCGAUCCAGAGAAAGUGCUGCAAGGUGUCAUUGACAUGAAGAAUGCAGUCAUUGGAAAUAACAAACAGAAGACAAACCUAAUUGUCCUGGGAGCUGUGCCCAGGCUUCUAUAUUUACUCCAGCAGAGCUCCUCCACUGAAGAGUUGAGGACAGAAUGUGCAGUGGUGUUAGGCAGCCUAGCUAUGGGCACAGAGAACAACAUUAAGUCCCUGGUGGACUGUCACAUCAUCCCUGCACUGCUUCAAGGUCUCUUGUGUCCAGACCUGGUCUUCAUUGAGGCUUGUCUACGCUGCUUAAGGACAGUUUUUAUCAGUCCAGUCACACCAGUGCAGCUACUCUACACAGACUCCACUGUGAUCCCUCACCUGAUGUCUUUACUAAGCCGGUCACAGCACACACAGGAGUACAUAACCCAGAUAUUCUCCCACUGUUGCAAGACUCCAGAGCAUCAGACAGUUUUGUUUAACCAUGGUGCCAUUGAGAACAUUGCUCCACUGCUCAUUUCUCCAUCUUUUAAGGUACAAAUGCAGGCAUUAAAAUGUUUUUCCGUCCUUGCGUAUGAGAAUACUCAGGUCUCCAUAACAAUGGUCAAUGUGCUGGUGGAUGGGGAGCUGCUCUCUCAGGUUUUUGUGCGAAUGAUGCAAAGGGAUAAACCUAUUGAAAUGCAGCUGACAGCAGCCAAAUGUUUAACUUAUAUGUGUCGAGCAGGUGCUAUCAGGUCAGAUGACUGCUGUAUUGUACUAAAGACUCUGCCAUGCCUGGUGCGGAUGUGCAGUAAGGACCGAUUGUUGGAGGAGCGAGUGGAGGGGGCAGAGACACUAGCAUAUCUAAUGGAGCCAGACGUUGAGCUUCAGAAGAUAGCCAGUGUGACCGAUCACCUGGUUGCCAUGCUCGCUGACUACUUCAAAUACCCCAGCUCAGUCAGUGCCAUUACUGACAUCAAGAGGCUGGAUCAUGACUUGAAGCAUGCUCAUGAACUGAGGCAAGCAGCUUUUAAGCUCUAUGCAUCUCUGGGCUCUAAUGAUGAGGAUAUUAGGAAAAAGAUCACAGAGACAGAGAACAUGAUGGACAGGAUAGUGAGCGGCCUGUCUGAGUCCAGUAUCAAGGUCCGCUUAGCGGCUGUCAGGUGUCUCCACAGUUUGUCUCGGUCAGUGCAGCAGUUAAGAACGAGUUUCCAUGAUCACGCAGUGUGGAAGCCUUUAAUGAAGUUGUUACAAAGUGCCCCAGAUGAAGUGCUGGUCAUGGCCUCUUCAACUCUAUGCAACCUGUUACUGGAGUUUUCACCCAGCAAAGAGCCCAUCCUAGAAUCGGGGGUAAUCGAGUUACUGUGCAGCUUAACACAAAGUGACAGUCCUGCACUGAGGGUCAAUGGCAUCUGGGCUCUCAUGAACAUGGCUUUUCAGGCAGAUCAGAAGGUAAAAGUGGAGAUCAUGCGAGCACUGGGGACAGAGCAGCUUUUUCGGCUCCUAUCAGAUCCCGACACCAACGUGCUUAUGAAGACACUGGGCCUACUACGCAACCUUCUCUCAACACGACCACAUAUAGACCAGAUCAUGAGCUCAAAUGGGAAACAGAUCAUGCAGGCAGUCACACUGAUCCUAGAGGGAGAGCACAGCAUAGAUGUCAAGGAGCAGACAUUGUGCAUACUGGCCAAUAUUGCGGAUGGCAGCACAGCAAAGGAGCUCAUCAUGACCAAUGACGACAUUCUGCAAAAAGUCAAGUACUAUAUGGGGCACUCUAAUGUAAAGCUGCAGCUGGCUGCCACCUUCUGCAUUUCCAAUCUGGUGUGGAAUGAGGAGGAGGGUUCUCAGGAGAGGCAGGAUAAAUUAAGGGAAAUGGGCUUUGUAGAUGUUUUACACAAACUUACCCAGGCAUCAGAUCCUAACCUCUGUGAUAGGGCAAAGACAGCGAUGCAGCAGUAUUUAGCGUGACCCCACCUCAAGAGGACUGGAGUUCCACAUUUGCCUCUGUUUUUGGAGUUUUGGCUUGUUUUUUUGUUGUUGCACAAGACACCUUUUGACUGCAAUGAGUCAAUUGCAUAACCUAGAGACACAGUUGCAAUGGCACACUUUCUAAAACGUUUAAAUCAAGUUUUAACUUAAAGUGAUUUUGUUAACUUUAUACUACUUGUGCUGCAGUGCCACCUGGUGGUUGUGAUGCUUUAGUGCGUUGGACUUCGUUUGCUAAGCUAAACAGACUAAUGGCAGGGUUAAAAGGAGCGUUGUCUCCUUGUUUCAGUUUGCUGAUUCCUUAUUGAUUUAUUAUUAGCAUUAAUUAUUAAUAUUGUUUUAAGAGAGGGUUACAUUAUGAAAAGACAAAGUUAAAACGACUGCUUUUGUGUACACAUACCUCGUAAAUAUAUAUAUAUAUAUAAAUAUAUAAAUAUAUUUUUGAUUUAUAUUUUCAUCUA